UGCUGGCCAUGGGGACAGCAGCCCCAGCCCUCCUGGUGCUGCUCAGCCUAACAGCCAUUACUUGUGAUGCCGAGGCCACCUGCUCAGAGGUGAGAAUAGUGGGACUGGGUGAUGCUGACCGACUUGCCGUUCUACGAGGAUGCCCAGGGAUCCCAGGUGCCACUGGCCCAAAAGGAGAACCAGGUCUCCCAGGAACAAAAGGAGAAAUGGGAGACCAAGGAUUCCCUGGGAAAGCAGGACCACCUGGUGCAAAAGGAGCAGCUGGAGAUCCUGGCUUCCCAGGACCAAAAGGUAGGAACUGCCAAGAACUGCUGGGCAAAGGGAAGAUCCUGAGUGGCUGGUACACCAUCUACCCCCAAGGCUGCAACGCCACUACCGUUUUCUGCGACAUGGACACAGAUGGUGGGGGAUGGAUUGUUUUCCAGAGGCGCUGGGAUGGGUCAGUGAACUUCUUGAGAGACUGGGAUUCAUAUAAACGAGGCUUUGGCAACCAGCUGACAGAGUUCUGGCUGGGGAAUGACAACAUCCACUUGCUUACCUCACUGGGACCCUGUGAGCUCCGCAUUGACCUGAGAGACUUUGAGAACCACUACUAUUUUGCCAAGUACUCUUCGUUCAGAGUUUUAGGAGAGUCCGAGAAAUACAGACUGGUUCUAGGAGACUUCCUGGGUGGAAAUGCAGGAGACUCCUUAUUAUACCACAGGGACAUGCCAUUUUCAACAACAGACCAGGACAACGACGUAAGUUCCUUUAACUGUGCUACGGAAUACAAGGGAGCAUGGUGGUACAACGACUGCCAUUACUCCAACCUGAAUGGGAUGUACUGGAUGGGUGUGCAUGGGAGCUAUGCUGAUGGCAUCAACUGGAAGACAGGCAAAGAAUACCACUACUCCUAUAAGCGAACGGAGAUGAAAUUCAGAGCAGACCUUUUGAGGCCAGAAGAGAUCAGUGCUGGUCUGAGCUCCUGUAAGCACCAGACUCUCACCCUGACUACCUCCAGUGUUGGGGUCUGGCUAGCAGAGGAGCUGUAA